CCGACCUGGGCACAUCGCUGUCCGGCCUUUUCUCUUCAUUAAAAUAUAUCCACACUAUAUAAAUACAAAAACUAGAUACACCGAAUAUUAUUAUAUUCGUCUACGUGAAAUUAUAUUAUACACGAAUAUAAAUAACGCGUGAUCAACAAAUAAAUAAACAAUUAUUAUUAAUAAAAACAUUGGUACAUGAGAUAACAAACGACGAAAUACAGAACAAACGAAAUUAAUCGAAUAUGUAAUAUUAUAUUAAAUUAUUAUUGUUAAAACGACCAACGAAUUGUAUCACCACCGGGAUCGAAAGUUGAACACGUAUCGCAUGCAUAUAUACAUAUGGACGGUGUAUUACAUGCGUAAAAUCCGACGACCAUCUGAACCGAAUGAAAAAGUUAUUACGAUUAUUUUGCUCUGACUUUUCACUCGCGACGUCAUCCCCGAAAAAAGGACAUUGGUUUUUCGUUUUUCAUUCGAUGCGUAUGCGUGCUCAAUACAUGUGAAAACUGAAGAAGGAAAAAAGUUUCUGCGUAAACCCGAACGCGUAUAUACGUACACAUAUAAAACAAAAGUGGAAAGUUUUUGAUUCUGUACACCGUCUUUGAUUUUAUUUUGAUUUCGUUCUUUUCGUUCUUGAAAGAAAUUUUUUCUCAUCGGUUUCGUUUCGAUUUCUCGUCACAUCGUUCGGUUGUUACAGUUUUCGUUGUUGUUGACUAAUGAAAGUGUGCAGAGAAGAGGAAGUUCUUUUAUAUCAAGAGGUGUGUUUUUAAAUCAUGAGGUAUAUACAGUAUACAUGCAAUAACGACGAACUACACAAAUGACGUAUAAAUAAAUAUCUCGUACGAAUCACACCAACCGCGGCACACCCCCACCCCCCCAACGACCAACGUUUCAAUAAUUAUUUUAUUACAAACGAUUGAUUGCCUUCGGAUUUCUGUAUAGAUUCGUCGAUCAAUGACGAUCAUUGAUGUGUUUAAAUUUUCGUAAUUUAUUUCGUAAUAACAGUGAUUAUCAUUCAGUGUGUGAUCAAGAGAAUGAAACGAAUCAUCCGAUCGAUCGAUCGUCGAAUGAAGAAUAUUUGUGUAAGUUGAUAGCAAAAGUGGAUUCUGUAUUACGAUAAACGUGUACCGGCAGCUGUAGCUGUUUCAAAAUAUCGUGAAUAUUAAACAAAAAAAAAAAAUAUAACUAAAAACCGUCGAGACAAUUAUACAUAUAUUUUUAAAAUCACUAUACAAUACUGUGGUUAUCUAUGAUAGUUGAUCAGGUUGAUAUAACCGAUAAAACUAAAACUAAUAAAUCGUGAGACUCUCGGUAAAGUUCCUACUAAUAGCAAUUCGUUCGAAUCACCAUGUGUAAGGGAUAUUAUGGUUGUACGCUGGUGAAAACAGUAAUCAUCUAAAUUCCCGCUUCAAUAAUUAAUUAGUGAAUCGGUUGAUUCCCGCGAGGCGCACCUGCUGUGUUAUAGAAAAAAAAAAAAAACAAACAAGUCAUCGACAACUGAGAAAGGAAGAAGGAUCAAAAAAUUUUCGUCGUAUAAACCAUCGCCGUUUAAUAUCAACAUCGUCGUCAUUAUCAAUAAAUAUCGAUCGAUUAAUAAAUAUAUAGUUCCAGUGGAUCAAAAGUGGAGUACACGGAAAUAAAGAAAUUAAGGAUUAUUGAAAGUUCUCGUCGGCUCUACAACCCCCCCCCCGAUUACGUAUCAUAUGUGCCCUACGUAGCAGCGACAAUGAUUGUGAAACAUUGAAGUAGUUGAUGAUAAUGAAACGCCGCAUUAAGUGAACAAAGAGAAAAAUAAUAGAGCGAUAAAACAAGUGAUAUCCAAUUAUAUUCCCAUAUAAAUUGGACGUUCUCAGGAUAUGAACCCAGGUGAGACCUGGGGUUGUGUCGGGGUAGCAGAAGAAGCAGCAGUAGAAUCAUUGUCGAGGUUCGGAGGUGAGUGCAGCGAUAGCGGCAGCGUUAGAAGAAGGUUUGACAAAAGUUACGGAGGAGGAGGUGGAGAGACGAUUUUCGAAAGAAAUCGCGGGGGUAGAAUCGCCGGUACCGCCGAAGGAAGGGAGCAAGAGGAAGGGCGAAGAAAAAGCUGCUCGACGGUCAUUGGAGAAGGCGUUCUUAUUAACGAAUUGAAAGUAAGACCGGGUUGCAGAGGAUUGACGCCAAGGAGGGCGCAGGCGCAGAAGCCGCGGGUGAUGUGAGGCUGGCGCGAGCCGCUCGGGGUGAUGCCCUCCAGUGAGCCCCAUCCUCCCCAGUACCACCUUCAACACCACAACAUUCCUCCCUCCCAGCUUCAGAUUCAAACUCAAGCCCAACAGCAGAGCGUGCAUACGUCGCCGGCAGGAGUUAUCGGACAGCAUCAGCAUCAGCUAUAUCAACAGCUGGUAGCAGCCCAGCACCAGCAUCUAGGUUUAACCACCGGUGGUGCGGCGAGUAAUUUUCAAAAUUCCUCGUUCACGUCACAGAAGCAGGAGAUGAGCCCCGAGGAGGAGGGGGGCCGUGGGGGUGGGUCCCCUCCGGCAGCAGGGGCCGCUCUCCAUCAGCCACAUCACCCCCGGACAGCGAGUCCGCCCUCGGGAACCGAACCCUGUACCCGGGACGCGAUACCCACACCGACACCGAUAGUCGUCGACACCACUGCCACGAACGCGAUGACGACUACCGCUGUCGCCGUUGGUCAACAGCAACAGGAACAACAACAACAACAGCAGCAGCAGCAGCAACAGCAACAAGGGUCGAGUCCGAGUCCCAGUCCUACGGGAGGCGACGUUGAAAAGUUCGACGGUAAGAUCGUCUACAACCCCGACGGUUCCGCUUACAUAAUCGAGGGUGAAAGUGAGCUGAGCGAAGACGAUUCGCACUCGCUACCCGACGGUUGUAUAGUAGACGGCAGGGGGGUGUCGGUACCGCAUUCCUUGGUGUUCCCCCAAAUAGCGAGCGCGUAUUAUGUUUCGAGACUUUACGCGCAUCAGGCUUACCAGCAACAACAACAACACCAACAGCAGCAACAGACACUUCAACAAAGGUCGACGUCCCAACAACAGUUGCAACAAAAUCCGGACCUACCCGUCAUGCACAGCUACAGGGUGAUUAGUUAUAGAAGUGCGGAAGGCGGAAAACAACCCCCGCCUCCCGUAACGACGCCUCCAUCUCCCGCGGCAUCCGUCCCCGUUAAACCGAUACUCAUGUGUUUCAUCUGUAAACUCAGUUUCGGAUACGCGAAAAGUUUCGUCGCUCAUGCACAGACCGAGCAUCAGCUCACCUUGAUGGAAGACGAAAGGCAGGUAUUAUCUCAUUCGACGGCCUCGGCGAUAAUACAGGAGGUGGGACGGGGUAAGCAAGCCCUCGUCAGUUUUUUGGAACCGGUGACGAGCUCGACGUGCUCCUCGCAGUCCUCGCCCAGUCAGUCGCACUCCCAACAGCAACAGAGGAGCGAUUCCCUCGGCGAACACGACGCGCCCACGACAACGAGCACCCCGGCCUCCACACCGGGAGUACCCAGCAGUCCCCAACAGUCCCAACAACAGCAAAGGCCAUCGCCUAGCACCCCGACGACGCCCACAUCCCACACGAGCCACUCUCUCAUGUACAAUCAUCAGCAAACGCAGCAACAACCAUCCCAGACACAGUCCCAACACGGGCAGUGGACCGGUGCCCAAGUUACCGCUGCCGCUUGGGCGAAAACCGAGCCCGCUACCGCCCUGCAUUACACGUCGCCACCGCCUAGUACGAAAGGCUCGCCCUCGUCGUACGCCAGUUUGACCCAACAACCUCCGAAUUUUCUUACGGGUACGACGAUCGGCGUGUGUCCCGAGCACAUGCAGGGACGGCCGAGCGGCGUCGAAUGUCCGAAGUGCGAGUUGAUUUUAGCGAGCAGUCGCCUGGCCGGUCCCGGUGGUCCCCUCGCUGGAAUUCACAGUCGUAAUUCUUGCAAAACACUGAAAUGUCCGAAAUGCAACUGGCAUUACAAGUAUCAAGAGACGUUGGAAAUUCAUAUGAAGGAAAAACACCCGGAGAGCGAGACGUCCUGCAUUUAUUGCAUAGCCGGACAACCACAUCCGAGGUUAGCGAGGGGUGAAACUUAUACCUGUGGCUAUAAACCUUACAGGUGUGAAGUGUGCAACUAUUCAACGACGACCAAAGGUAACCUCAGCAUUCACAUGCAGAGCGACAAACACCUCAACAAUAUGCAGGAACUCCAGCAGGGAGGCGGCGGCACGAGUACGAGUAACCCCUCGUCGUCGCAGGACGCUCCCAUGCCGACGAGGAGUCCGCACCACCAACAGAAUCACAGUCCGCAUUUAGCUAGCCAAACGAGUCAGCAGGGUAAACCGAAACCUACGUUUCGCUGUGACGUUUGCAAUUACGAGACGAACGUCGCUAGAAAUCUACGGAUACACAUGACUAGCGAAAAACACACGCACAAUAUGCUGGUUCUCCAGCAGAACGUUAAGCACAUGCAGACUCUGUCGGCCCUCCAAUCCCAUCAUCAACAACAAGCUCAACAACAUCAUCACCAACAACAGCAACAACAACAGCAUCAGCAACAAUUGGAACAACUUUUGCAUCUCGGUGGUCUCGACAAACCGCAACAUGCCGAAGCGGCAUUGGCCGACAUGGCCUAUAAUCAGGCGUUGCUCAUCCAAAUGAUGACCGGCGGUCAACUUCCGCCUCAACUUCCCCCCGAAUUGAUGGGCGGCAUGACGAGUAUGGGGGCGAUGGGAAACCUCGCCGGCGACGUCGGUCUAUCACCCGAGAGUAUGGAGCCUCCUCCGGAGCCAGCGGAUCCCGAUCCAUCGCAUUUGUACCAUUGCUGCGUGUGCAACAGUUUCGCGACAGAUUCCCUCGAAGCGCUCGGUCACCACUUGGCGGCGGACAGGACGCGAACAAGAGAAGGUGAAAUCCUGGCUCUUGUCGCCGGACACUUCGUCUGCAAAUUAUGUUCCUACAAAACAAAUCUGAAAGCAAAUUUUCAAUUGCAUUGUAAAACGGACAAACACCUUCAGAGACUUCAACACGUUAAUCACGUUAAAGAAGGUGGUCCGAGAAACGAAUGGAAAUUGAAAUACUUAGCGUCUCCUACCGGUGCCGCACAGCUAAGAUGUCACGCUUGUGAUUAUUACACAAAUAGCGCGCAUAAAUUAGCCCUUCACGCCGCUUCGCCGAGACACGAAGCCGCCUCGCUUCUUUUAAGACACUUGCUCGAAGCCAGCGCCAACACUCCAUCACCGGGUAAAUUGUACCACUGUGCCCUUUGCGGGUUCAGCGCUAGGCAUCGACUACCGUUGCUCCAACACGUCAGGUCGCUAAGGCAUCUGCAAAUGGAACAAUUGCACCAGUUGCACAGAAGAAGCGGUGUACAAGGUACCGAGGCACCUCACACGGACAUCGGCGAUGUCUUCCAAGUCGUUCCCGACCCGGACGUACCGCCUGCUCAACAACCAAGCCCCACCGCACCCAACACUCCCACCGCCGCAAACGCUACUAACGAGCGGCGAGAGGAGGGCAGCGAUUGCGGCAGCGAAGUAAAGCAAGAACCGGACGUCGACCAAGACGGUGAUCAGGAGGUGGAUAACGACCCGGAAGACAUUUGCUGCCCGUACUGCACCUAUCAGCCGACAUCGAGGGAUGAACUACGUCAGCAUUUGCAAGUCGCUCACGUUCAGGACGUCGAGGAGAAGCCGGCUGACCUUGUGAAAGAGGAAUCCACGCCCGAUUUGCUCUGCCCACUUUGUCAGGACGGUUUUAAAGAACGUACCGCGUUAGAGAGGCACGUGAUGCAGAUACAUUCGGUUAACGCUGACGGACUGCAAAGACUUUUAUUACUCGUUGACCAGAGCCACUGGCUAAAUAAUAACCCGAGAAACACCUCGACGCCUGCGGUUACGCCGACGUCACCGACGACGACGAGACAACAGCAUCAGCAAGACGAAGAGGUCAACGAACGCGGUGGUAACGACGAAGUUGAGGAAAUUGCCAGGUGUAAUGUCUGCGGGAGAAUUUGCCGCUCCCUCGAGGAACUCCAGCAACACCACCGGGAAGCUCACCCGGCCACUACGCCGACCUUGGCGGUGAGCGAGAAACACGUUUACAAGUACAGGUGUGGACAGUGUAGUCUCGCGUUUAAAACGUUGGAAAAACUUCAGCAACAUUCGCAGUAUCACGCGAUAAGGGAUGCUACGAAGUGCGCCCUAUGCGGGAGAUCCUUCCGAUCGGUGCAAGCUCUUCAACGACACCUCGAAGCGGCACAUUCCGAUCUCCACGAGGACGAACUGGCGCAGUAUAAACAAAGUCUUCUUCACGCACACCCGCUUCUUCAAGCACUUACCGAAGAGGCAUUGAAAAGACAAGCCAUAAUGGGAGAACAGACUGGCGACGACGAGUGUACGAGAGGAGAUGAGGAAGAGAGCGACGCGAGCGAUUCGUCGCCGCUUCACAAGGAACAGAGACUCCUGGAGGAUUAUCUGAACAGUCAACCGGUUGCCGAGGACUCUUACCACGACCCUGGAAGAAAAUUCAAGUGCCAUCGGUGCAAGGUCGCCUUUACGAGACAGAGCUAUCUUACCGGGCACAACAAGACUCUCCUUCACAGGAAAGGGGAAAAGAUGUCCUAUCCUAUGGAAAAGUAUCUGGACCCGAACAGACCGUACAAGUGUGACGUUUGCAAGGAGAGUUUCACGCAGAAGAAUAUUUUAUUGGUUCAUUACAACAGCGUGAGUCACCUUCACAAGCUGAAAAGAGCGAUGCAGGAACAGGGUAACAACAAUACCCUGAUUUCUGUUGUUCCCCCCGCGAGUCCCACGGAGUCUCCCGACUCCCAACAAGACCAGGAUAAAAAGCCGUACAAAUGUAACAUCUGCAAGGUAGCUUACUCCCAAGGAAGCACCCUCGAUAUCCACAUGCGAAGCGUUCUUCAUCAGACGCGAGCGAGUAAACUUCCCGACCUCGCCGCGAGUGGUCAGCUUGACCUCGGACGACCUCUGAUCGAACAACCAUCUCCUACGAGUCCGAAUAGUCCGCCGUGUAAUACCGGAACCACAACGAUAAACUCGAACAAUAAUAGCAGCAAUAAUGGGAACAUGUUAUCGUGUCCGAGAUGUAGCGCGUUGUUUGUCAGUCAGGAACAACUGGCGACGCAUCAGCAGCUCUAUUGUAUAUUCAGUAAUCCGUUGGCGCUGUUCCAGCAACUUGCGGCUUCGCAGCAGAUCGUUUCCUCAGCUCCUUCGAAAUCACCACCACCCAUAACCACGACCCCAGGUCCCCAGUUGCACGUUCAACAACAACAACAGCAACAACAACAGCAACAACACCAACAACAACAAACACAGCCACAAAUCGCUCAAGACAUUCUGUCACAACCGAGACAUAAGACUUCACAAAUGUACAAACACCUUCUCGAGAGCUUUGGAUUUGACCUCGUUAUGCAAUUCAAUGAGAAUCAUCAGAGGCGGCAAAGGAAGGAGGAAGAAGCCGCGGCCGCGCUUCAAGCGCAACAGGAGCAACAGAAGCAAGAGCAACAGAAACAAGCCUUGGCUGCACAGGCGGCUCAAGAAAGAGAGGAAGAAGGUGAUGAACCUGGAGAUGAGGAACCUAUUCCCGAGCUUACCCGCAGCACCUGCCAACACUGCAACAAAGAAUUCAGCAGCGUUUGGGUGCUGAAGGCACACUGCGAGGAAGUCCACAGGGAUCUCGUGCCCCGUGAAUUCCUCGAAAAAUACGCGCAGCAAUUCAAAUGCGAAUACGAGAAGAAAUCGGUCGUUGUCACUGCUGCGACUUCCUCGUCGACUACCACCGCACCGAGAAGUUCAACGCCGGCGUCUAGCCAGCCUCAAGAUCUUAGCCCCGACAAAGAUCAUCGAGUGGAGAAGGAAAAGGACGAUAUUCCUGAGAUCAAGGAGCCCACGAGCAGGACGCCCGAAGCCACCUCAACUACACCUACUACUACUCCGGCCCUGAGCAAUACCCCGGUGUCCAGCACCGAUUCUACUACUCCGACAGCUCCUUCUAACAACCAACACCAAGUCCAGCAACAGCAACAACAACAACAACAGCAACAACAGCAGCAACACCAACAGCAGCAACAACAACAACAACAACAACAGCAACAGCAGCAACAUGCACAGAUGACACUCGCUCAACAAAUGUCCGAGAUGCAAGCGGCAUUGAAUGCAAUGGCGGCUUCUCAACUUCAGCAACAACUUCAACAGUAUCCUGGGCUAAUGAUGGGAAUGAUGGGACUUCCAUUAGGACUCAAUGUUCCCGCUCUCGCUGCCAUGAACCUCCAACCUCCUUUGGUUCCUAUCAUGUUGCCUCCACCACCUUACGAAGGAGCGUCCAGCGGCUAUCCUCAGAUAAAUUCACAGGCUGACAUCCUUGCGAAACAACACCUGGCCUUGCAACAACAACAAGCCGCUGCGGCAAACGCUGCAGCAUCCCAGAAGCGGGCGCGCACCAGGAUAACGGACGAACAGUUGAAGAUUUUACGUGCUCAUUUCGACAUCAAUAACUCGCCGGGCGAGGAACAAAUUCUCGACAUGGCUGCGCAGAGUGGUCUACCUCCAAAAGUGAUAAAACACUGGUUUAGAAAUACAUUGUUCAAAGAACGACAGCGUAACAAGGACAGUCCGUACAACUUCAACAAUCCUCCGAGCACCACGUUGAAUCUCGAAGAGUACGAGAAGACCGGAGAGGCGAAAGUUACUCCUCUGAACUCAAGUGUUUCGGGUAGUAGUUCCGCCGACGACAAGAGUCCGAACAAACAAGCGUCGCCUCCGCCACCAGUUCCAUCUACGGUAGUCACGACAUCCCAGUUACCAGAAGUGAAACAGGAAAUUCCUGAGCCCCCGCAUUGUCAACAACAACCGCAAAAUCUUCCGCAACAACUCAUGCAGCAUCAAGACGAACCGCAACAUCAUUCCCCGGGGAGUUCCGGCGGUCAACACUCCAGACCUCAUUCGCCCGCGCUCAGUAUGAGUUCCGUAUUCUCGGGACUUCAUCACGACCUUUCCGCCCUCACACCUACCACCGCGACGAAUAUCCCAACCACCCCUAUGUUACCGCCAAAAUUAGCGCCGCAAAAUUUUGCCAGUCCUACUCCGGGUGCCGGUGGCGUAGUACCCGCGGCGAUGGCAGCUAUGGCCUUGACGCCGCAGAGGUCGUUGAGUCCGGGUAGAGGACCCGCGGAUUAUUCCUUCGGUGGUAACAGUAACGGAAGUAAUUCAUCGGGCGGUAGUUCCGGUAAAAGAGCGAACCGGACGAGGUUCACCGAUUACCAGAUAAAAGUGCUGCAGGAAUUUUUUGAGAACAACGCCUAUCCGAAAGACGACGAUCUUGAAUACCUCAGCAAGCUACUCAGCCUCAGUCCGAGGGUGAUAGUUGUUUGGUUUCAAAAUGCCAGACAAAAGGCACGAAAGGUUUACGAAAAUCAACCGGCCGCUGAACCCGUCACUCCGGGCGGAAGGGACGGAGACGACGGCGCCGGACGAUUUCAGAGGACUCCGGGUUUAAAUUAUCAGUGUAACAAGUGUUUGCUAGUUUUUCAACGAUACUACGAGUUGAUACGACAUCAGAAGACUCACUGUUUCAAGGAGGAGGAUGCCAAGAGAAGCGCCCAGGCGCAAGCUGCAGCCGCGCAAGUCGCUGCGGUUUUAAGCUCCGAGGACAGCAACAGCAGUUCAACGACAACGACGAAUACCGUUCCCACGAAUCCGCCGAACGCUCCCGCCCUGGCCGAACAACUCCAACAACCUCUGAACGCGGUAAUAACACCCCCGCUUCAUCAGGUCCAACAAAUCGCCGCUCAACUCCAACAACAAGUUCAACAUCAACCGGUUCAACAAAAUCAACAGGCGCAACAACAACCGCAACAACAACAGCAAACGCAAGUACAAGGUGCCCAAAGUGAACCGAAGGAGGGUAGUUUUCAAUGCGACAAGUGUAAUCUAAUGUUCGGGAGGUUCGAAUUGUGGCGUGAACAUCAGUUGGUUCACAUAAUGAACCCGUCGUUGUUCCCCCCCGCUUAUCCGCCCGAUUCACCAUUCGGGAUACUGCAACAACAGGCUCUCAAUGCUACCAGUGGUGUAACCAGUGAAACUCCCCAUCCGCUUAUUGCUAUGAUGCAAGACCGGAAGCGGAAGUUUGAAGAUUUUGAAGAAGGUACCGGUAGCGAUGGCCGUGCGACAUCCGAGCACUCCGAACAACCGAAAGACAAGCGGCUGAGAACGACGAUUCUCCCGGAGCAGCUGGAUUACCUCUAUCAAAAGUAUCAAGUGGAAUCGAACCCGUCGCGAAAAAUGUUGGAAACCAUUGCUCGCGAAGUCGGACUAAAGAAACGCGUUGUCCAAGUUUGGUUCCAGAACACUCGUGCCCGCGAGAGGAAGGGUCAGUUCAGAGCGCACAGUCAGGUAAUAAACAAACGUUGCCCUUUUUGUCCGGCGUUGUUCAAAGUGAAAUCCGCGCUCGAAUCUCACCUGAGUAGUAAACACGCCGAUCAAGUUGCUCGGGGCGAAGUGAACAUCGACAACAUUCCCGACGAAGAACUAUCGAUGGAAUCAGCCCCCUCGAAUCCCAGUACGCCGAACAUGAUGCCUCCGCUGUUCCCACCGUUCAACACCGAAAUGGAAGCUUCCCUUAAAAAAUAUUACGAGGAGUCCAUGAAACGGUAUAUCAGCGAACUCCAAGCCCAUACCAGUAACGGAAAACAGGAGACUACGAGCACCCCGCAAACAACAAGCACCGGAGAGUCCCCUUUGGAUCUCAGCAAACCCGUAGACCUCAGCAGACCGGUGAAAUUGAGUCUCGGCGGUCUCGGCGGACUCCUCGAUGAACACCACGGUGGUCAUUUGAGAAGCGGAAGCGAUUGCGGACCACUCACCGAUUUGUCGGAGCGGAGCAUAUGCGACGAGGACAGUAUGAGCGAGACAACAGAGUUCCUAGACGACGAAAGUGGUCCGGCAAGUCCGGCCUCGAGUACUCAGAGUUCGAGACACGGUGCCGCCGGAGGCGGAAGUCAGAUCGGAAGUACCAACCUCGGGGGUCAGAGCGGGGGUGGUGGAGGUAGCGGAGGUAAACGUUACCGAACGCAGAUGUCCGCUACCCAGGUGAAGGUGAUGAAGUCUCUGUUCUCCGACUACAAAACACCGACGAUGGCCGAGUGCGAGAUGCUCGGGCGUGAGAUCGGACUCCCAAAACGCGUAGUCCAGGUAUGGUUCCAGAACGCCCGAGCUAAGGAAAAGAAGGCCCGUUUAGCGGCGGGUUUGCCAGCCGAAGGAUCGGCGGUUCCGCCUCAUCGCGGGCCAACGGGACCCGACGAAUGUCGCCUCUGCGGGGUCAGGUACUCCCCGAAAUCCCCACUUCAGGAACACGUAUUUUCCAGACGGCACAUCGAGUCGGUUAGAUUGGCGGUAGAAGACGGUACUUUGGUUCCUCCUACUCCCGGUGCUCCCAUAUUGCCCGGUAGUAUCGCUGCGGCGACGUUAGUCGCCAAUGCGAAUUCCGUCACUCCCGUCGGACACCAACAACAACAACAGCAGCAACAACAACAACAGCAGCAGCAGCAACAGUCCGACGAAAACAUGAUGUACGGUUCUCUCUUCCUUCAUCCGACGGCAAUGUUUCCACCUCAACAACAGCAACACCCCAGCGGGAAUGUUCAGGCAACUCCGGCUACCACAACCGCCGUAGCGACUUCGACCUCGACAAAUCCAGGAAAUUCAGGAAUUUCACCAUUGAUGUCUCUGCAAGUCGAAGGUGGUACAAAUGUCCAAGUACCACGUGUCCUAAUGCAGGCAUUUCUUCAGCAAGAUCCAAACCACCCGGGCCUCGAAACGGUCCGUCUUCCGUCACCUUCGGGGUGUGGAGAAUCGAAUUCCCUAAAACCGGAAACGCCUCCACACUGCCGCGAAGUAGAAACAGAGGUAUGCCUCGUUUGUCGUCGUUGCGGCCGAGCUUAUCCGCAAGAGUCGUCGUUAUUGUCCCAUCAAAGAUCGUGUUAUCUGGGGAACCAGCAGCGUCGGGGUGCCUUGCGUCUGGUCGAGUCCCGUUGGUCCUGCACGUUGUGCGUAGGAGAUGCGAAAACCGUUUUUACGUUGCCGGAAAUACGUCGUCACGUCGAAACUCCUCAGCAUCGCUCGAACCUGGAGUCGCUGAAACAGCGUACGAAUUUUCAAUCGGGAUCGGUUCGGGUUGCCGCAUCCGCUUCGGAAAGAGCGUCGGGGUCGGGCUGCGAAGAUGAAGAAGAGGAGGAAGACGAAGAGGAGGAAGAGGAGCGAGGAGAGGAUGAGGCUGCGAAUCCGUUGACCAACGAAAUGGAGGACGUCGUGAACCAAAUAACACUUUUGGCGGCUAGAGCAGCGGCCGAAAGCACGACGACCGUUACGACGACUACCAAUUCAACUAGCGCGAUUAUGACCUCCGCGGGGUCAAAUUUCAACCUUCAACAAUCAACCAAUCAAAGCGCGGCUGCUACCGCCGCAGGACAAGAUAACAAUAACGCUCCUGAUACUAAAAGGCAAAAACUAAUACAAGAAAUUCCCAAAGCUCUCACCGGAGCGCGAUAAUUACUCGAACGCUGUGCAACGACAUAACAUCUUCGACUGGUAAUCAAUUUAAAAAACAAAAAAUAACCAACGACUAAACUUGAAAAUUAUCCACGGUGAAAAUAACGAGUGCACAAUCAUUGAUUCGACUAUAUUCAAAUAGUAAUGAUUAGCGUGUGCAGAAGAAAAAUUUCCUUUUAUUUUCACUAAUUUUCACUAUUAUUCAUCGUUUACUAUAUUGUCAAUAGUGAACGAUAUAUAUAUAUACUAUGAAAAUAAUAUUUCCAGUUACUAUGAUUGUCUGUUAUUUUUGUACAUUUUUUGAUCCACAUCAGUUGGACGCUAUUCAAAGUUCCUCUCAAUUAUCGUAACAAUUAUGAAUAAUAAUGAUAAUAAUAAUAAUAAUAAUAGUAAUAAACGAAUUCCUAUUAAAUCAUCAGGAGAAUGAAAGAAAAUCGACAUCGUGAAAAUAAUAAAAUGAAACUUUUAUUCCUAUACUAUAAUAAUAAAUAUUCGCGAAUGUGCGGACGUAAUAAGAGAAAGAGAAAAGAGAGAAACUUUUUUCAAAUCGCCGUAUAACGAAAAUAUAAUAAUCGAAUAACAAUAGUAAGAGUAAAAAUUUUACCAAUAAUUGACGAUGGAAGAUUUACAUUUAAUUAGUGUAUUCGACUUACUUGAGAUGAAUGAAAAAUUAUUAAUCUAGAGAAGGAAGGAAAAAAAACUUAAUUAAAAUAGAUGAAAAAUACAUACGAGUCACGAAAAAAACGAUCGCACGGGACUUAUCGCGGAUCCGAAUGACAACGGAAACCGAAACCAUACCGAUCACCGACGAAGGCAAUUAAUUGGAAAAAAGCAAAUGUUAUAACGAAAUAAGAGGGAGAAGGAUUUAGAAUCGAUGCAGCCGGUGUGUGCGGAACCCUAAUUAUGAAUUAUUCCUGCACGAAAUACAUAUAUACAUGUAUGUAUAUACAGAUGAUAUACAUGUAUAUAUAUUAAUAAACGAGGUGGGCCGACAAACGUUCCUAUGUAAAGUAAUAAAUAAUGUUGUACUACUAAAAUAUUAUAAAAUACUUAAAAAAGAAUUACUACUAGUAUUUAAAAUACUACUAAUGAUAAUGAUGAAGCUACUACUAUAUUACUACUAAAGUAAUACCCACUAAAAACCAAAAACAACAAAAAACAACAAAAAGAAAAAAUAACUAAACUACUAAUCACUGAAAUACUAACUACUAAUUAUUAAUGUUAAUUAUAAUGCUAAAUAUAUAAUACCAUUAGUUAAAUAUUACUAAAACUAACUACUAAAAGAUAAACUACUACCACUACUACUAUUAAUAUUAAGACAGCCACUAAUCAGUAUAUUAAUUAAUUAAUAUAAAACGGUAGAUAUAAUAAAAUCUUCGACUUACGCAGCAUAUUAACAUACUGUUUUAGAUUAUUGAAAUAAAACAUAAAAAACACGAAGAAGAACUCAACGAGAUGAAAAAAGAAAAAUGGGUGAAUGCAUUAGGAGAAGAAAUUAUACUAAAUCAUCUCAAACGGGACAAUUGUUAUUAUUGUCAAUAUCGAUACUGAACAAGCAGAAAAAAUGAAGAGAAAAAUUAAUGAAAUAACUAAAUAACUAUAUGCGAAAAAAAUCAAUGGUACGGUGCAAUCGUAAAGGUAGGUCAGGCUCUUAAAUAAUUUAUUAUGUAGUAUAUAUUAUAGUAUAUAGUUGGUAAUGUAAAAAUGGCGCUAAUUCAGCCGUUACUAUUAUUAUUGUAUAUCUCUAUAUGUUUGACGUGCGUUACGCGUAACUAUUCAAGGCGAGAAAAAAAAUGUUAAUAAUAGUAAUAAUAAUAGUAAUAAUAAUAAUAACAACAACAACAACAGCAGCAACAACAACAAUAACAAUUGUUACGAUUAUACUGAUAAUAAUGAUAAUGAUAAUAAUAAUAUUAAUACCAAUAACAUUUCAUUCGUUCAUUCAUUCCUCGUUACUGAUAUACAUAUGUAUACCUAAUAUAAGCAGUAAUGGGAAUGUGUCACAGAAACAUACACACAUGUAUGUUACAUGAAAUCGUCGUAUGUAUAUUAUACGUAUAAAUUUGUUAUCACGGCUCAAAGGCAACAACUAAAACAAGAACAACAGCGUCAACGAUAUCCGAGUGAAUUCUUUAUUCGUACGCAUUCAAUAUACGGAAUAAAUAAGUAAACGGAUGAACAAGUAAAUAACUAAACGUACGAAAUAGUCAAACGCAGUUAAAUCUGAACAACGAGAAAAACCGCGAAACAGGCGAACGGGUAUCAGCUGCGAAAAAUUGAUUCUUUAUUUUCGAUUAUCUGUUACAAUUAUUACUAUUACUUAUUACCAUUAUCGUCAUAACUAUCACUUUUAUUAUUAUUAUUACAAUCAUUAAUAUCAUUAUCACUGCUAUUAUUACCAUUACUAUUAUCGUUAUUAUUAUUAUUAGUAUUAUCGUCAUUAUAUGUAUAUACGAGCAAAAACGGUAGUCGGGAACUGUUAUUUGCGUUACAUACCUAGUGAUAUACAUGCAAUAGUAAUUAAUUGAGAAUAAAAAAUUUGCUCUUCGAAUGAACGAAGAGGGGAGAAAGUAACAGAAGGAAAAAAAAAAAAACCAAGAACACAACCCAAUGAUAUGGUUCCUAUGCAAUAAAUUAUGCAAAACUACCUAUAUAGAGAAGAGAAAUGUUAAACGAGUAUAUCGAGUAAAAAUUUGUUGGAAUGUGUAAAAAAAAAACAAAAAAAAUACCACACAUCAACUAUCAACAGCAGCAUUAUAUUGCACGUAAUUACCGAUUCAUCUAAUCCGAUAUAAUAAUGAUAAUGAAAUUACUGCUAUACCAAUACGGUGAACAAAUUGAAAAAUUAUAAAUACAAAAUUGAUUAAAAUGAUUUAAAAAAAAAAAAGAAAAAGUACUUGUGUUACACCGUAAUACUGGUAGUAAUACCAUAGUAAUAAUAAUGAUAAUAGGUAAUAAUAGUAAUAUUAUUAAUAAUAAUGAUGAUGUACAGUAGAACACCGCGUAAUAAUUCACUGUAAUGGUCGUACGCGUUUAAAUGUAGUAAAAGUCGAGAGAAAACGAACGAGAAGAGCAAAAAAAACCAACGUAACAUUAGUACAUCGUACACAUAUGGUAAUAAUUAAAGCGUAUAACAAACACUUUUAAUGAAAUACCACACCUACUGCUACACAAUAACAUGAUACUAUACUGAAUCGAUGGGUCAUCUGUUAUUGAAAAAAAUACUAUUAAUAAUAAUAAUAACGUUGAUAAUGAUGAUGAUGAUAAUGAUCAUCAGGAGUUAUAUUCUCACGAACAGACCUGAUCGCGUCAUCAGUCAUGAAAUGCGAAAAAAAGCCAUCGAAAAAAAAACAGCAACAGACAAGCAACCGUAAAAGAAAAGCAUUUCGGUAAAUUAAUAAUGAAUAUGAUGUCGUAUUGAUAAUAAUAAUAAUCAUACGUACCGAAAUCUUCGUAUACUGCGCUGUAAGACACUUAAGAUCGGUGAACAAAUAUUUUCUUAUUUGUUAAUUGUUAAUUCUUUUUUUCUUGUUCCUCCUCAUCACCCUUUUUUAAUUUUAUAUGUGUGCAAUGAAGUUUACCGUACGAUAUAGUUAUACUGUUCAUCUGAAACAAGAAGUUUAUAAGAUAUUAAGAGAAUAUCUGCAACUUCGCCACUAAAAUGAAAAACAUUGAUGAAAUAAAAUUCAACAUGGCGUCACGCAAGCACGAAUCAUUAGUCUACUGUAUAAAUGUAUGUGUAGUAAAAUAAUGCAUUAAGGACGAUUCGUUUAUUAUAUCAUUAACAAUAAACUGAUAGAAAAUAAUGAUUACGAUAAUAAUAAUAAUAAUAGUAAUAAUAAUAAUAAUAAUAAUAAUAGUAUGAAGACGAAAAAGAAAAAUUAAUAAUUAAUAACAUUAACAAUCAACGAGGAAGGACAGAGGAUAAAAAAAACGAUUCGAGGUAUCAACCGCUAUUCAUAGGAUAAAAUAAAGCAUAAUUAAUGUAUAAAAUGAAUGAAGAAGAAGAAAAGAAGUAACAAGUAAUAAUACAGAUAAUAAUAAUCUUACUUAUAAUAUAACUCUUAAGUUAAGAAACUCGAGGUUCCUGUCACAAAAAUGCUUUUCUAUAUAAUAAUAAAUAAUAAUAAUAUUAACAAUUACUAUACGAUGAAUGAUUAAUAAUAUCUAGCGGUGACGACGUAAUAAACAAAAUAUAUAUAUAUACAUACGUACGUGAUUAUCAUUAUUUAAUUAUGAAUAAAACAAGUAAAUAUGUAUAGCGUCACAUUCGCAAUUUAUGUCCGAUUUAUCGCACGCUGCAGACGAUUGAUAAUCGAUUGAUUCAAUUAACUAAGUAAUUAUUCUAGAAUUCGGAACGAGGAAUAAAGAGUAAAGAAUAAGAAGAGUAAGAAGAUUCUCAACGGUGGUAGAUCAGGGGUGAAAAAAAUUAAGAAUCCUCAAAAUGUAUUUCAUAAUAAUAGUCAUAAACCUAAAAUUAAUAGGAGUAAUAAUAACGAUCACGAACGCUUCUGUCUUUCAUCGUGACAUCUUUCAUUCGUUUGAAUUUACUUGAUGCCGAAUACCAUCUCAAAUAUCACUCGAUUAUCAUGUAAUGAUGAUUUCGAUAUUAUUCAAUUAACGAAUUAAAUUUCACGUAAGUUUUUCAUUAUUAUGUCCGUUUAAUAACGGCCAUGUUGUGAGAUAAUGUGCUGAAGAUGAAAAAUAAAAAAUAAAAAACAGACGAACUGAUAUUGAUGAUUAUCGGUAAACGAUACAAACGAUUAACGCAAUUGACGAUUAUUAUAUUAAUAACUAUAAUGAUAAUAAUAAUGAUAAUUAAUAAUUAGUAAUGAUAAUGAUAAACCAAUAGUCAUAAUGAUUAUGCAGCAAUUAUUCGCCGCGCCGCGCCGCGUCUCUGUAACCCAUACCUCGCAGGAAGGGCAAUUAAUUAAACUAUAAUUAAAUAUUAUAUACAUAUACAAAUAUAUAUUAUAUAUAUUAUAUCAGAUGAUUUUAAUUAAUGUAAAUGAAGAGAGAAAGGGUAAAAAAGAAGUGGGGAAAAAGGACAAACCAAAAAUUAAUAACAAAAAAGAAGUUGAAAUGACGUUCGAGAAAAGGCAAAGAAAUUUGAAAAAACAAGAGUCGCGGAAAGCCGAGAGUAAAAAAUAAUCGACGAACGGGAAAAUUGAGGGUCUCACGACUAAAAA